CAAAGUUUCCUUCAUUAGAACCAUUUCCUCCAAUAUAGGAAUAACUCUUCCUUAAGACAUUCUUUAAACCCUUCUCAAUCAAACUCUUUCUCUCAUAUAUCCACUUUUCAACCUUUCAUUAAUUUUGUACCUAUCAACAUGUCUCGGAUGAGGCUAUCAAAGAAACUUAAACCAACCAAGAAAGCAUGGAAAAAUUUCUCAAACAAUUUCCAAUCAAAAUUCAACAAACUCAACAUUCAAAAAUCAUUCAGAAACACCCUUCAAUACUUUCUUUCACUCAUUCAUUCAAUCACUCAUCUCAUAACCACAAAAAAUACUCAUCAUAGCUCUCUCAUUUCUUCUAAAUCAUUACCUUCAACUUUUUACCAUUCUCAACAUAAAAACUUUGAAGCUAUACAUAUAAAUGAUCUCUAUAAUUCUCAAGCUCAUUCUAUUUCCAUGAAUUCCACCAUCAAGAGACAUCGUAGGAGUAGUAGUAAUAUUCAACAUGCAAUAGGUGAAACAAGUAGAGAAGUUGAAAAGGUGCAUGAAGAAAACAGUAGCAAUGAUAUAGAUACUAUAGAGGAUGCAUGGAAAGCUGUUGUUGCUAAGUCUCCAAUGAUGCAAGUAGAUCAAAAGGCUGAAGAAUUCAUAUCGAAAUUUCGUCAAGAUAUGAGGCUUCAAAAAGAGAAAUCAUUGCUUGAAUUUCAUGAGAGGCUAGCAAGAAGUACUUGAAUAUUUGAUCAUAUAUAUCAUUCAUUUUUUUUUUAAUUUCACAUGUAGUAUAUGAAUUAGUUUGAUACACAUCAUAUGGUUUGGUUUUUUUUUUUUUUUUUUUACUUUCAUUGAGUUUUUAUUGAGAAGCAAAGGAAUUUUUACUUUGUUUUGAAAAUCAAAAGCAAACAAGUAAUUAGGUUAAUAGUUUUGGAGUGAUGUGUGAAGAAGUUCUGAAGAUGUAUAAACAAACUUGUGAGGAUUAUUUUUUCCUUCUUAUUUUCAUUAUUUGUAUUCUUUCUUCUAAUUGUUCAAAGUGAAAAGCUAAUGGAAUAUUGUGCA